CCAUGUGUUCAUUGCGAAUCGCGAUAUUAUCAGUCAACAUUCGCAGUUCCACCAACCCCAACUCGUUUUUUCUCGAGAAACUCUUGUUCCUCAAGGGCGUCUUGAGUAGCGACCGCCAUGAACGGAGCUCGUGCCGACUCGCCCCACCUUGCCCUGCUUUCGCUUGCUCUGUUCUCUCUGUUUCUCGCUCCAUCUCUCGCUCAGACAUGCCAGAGCUACGCCUUCUCGGGCAACAGGGUCUACGCGUCCUGCGUUGACCUCCCGGUCCUGAGCUCCUACCUUCACUGGAACUACAAUGAUACCUCGUAUGUCGCGGACAUCGCCUUCCGGGUCACCGGAGCCACGUCGUCCAACUGGGUUUCCUGGGCCAUCAACCCCUCCGGCCUCCAGAUGGUGGGCUCGCAGGCGCUCGUCGCCUACCAGAACUCGAGCGGGUCAGUGUGGGCCUACACCUCCCCGGUGGACAGCCUCCAGACGUCUCUGUCGCCGGGGACCCUGAGCUUCGGGGUGUCGAACAUCUCGGCGGCGCUCGAGAGCAGCGAGAUGACCAUCUUCGCGACGCUGCAGCUGAGCAGCGGAAUGACGACGGUGAACCAGGUGUGGCAGGUCGGCCCCGUGGAGAACGGGUCCCCCGGAACGCACCCGACGAGUGGGGCCAACGUUGAGUCAGUGGGGACGCUGAACUUCCUGUCCGGGACCACUGGGGGGACCGGCGGAUCCGGAAGCUCGAGGCAGCGGCGGAGGAAUGUGCAUGGGGUGUUGAAUGCGGUGAGUUGGGGGACACUGAUGCCGAUGGGAGCAUUGAUCGCCAGGUACCUGAAGGUGUUCCAAUCGGCCGACCCUGCGUGGUUCUACCUCCACAUCUCGUGCCAGGCCUCGGCCUACGCUGUCGGCGUCGCCGGCUGGGCCACCGGCCUCAAGCUCGGGAGCGAGUCCUCAGCCAACAACAAGGUCCACGGCAACAUCGGCCUCGCCCUUUCCGUCCUGGGAACUCUGCAGGGAUUCGCUCUGCUUCUGAGGCCCAAGAAGGAUCACAAGUACAGACUCUACUGGAACAUGUAUCACCACACGGUCGGAUACACGGUGAUCGUCCUGAGCAUAGUCAACGUGUUCAAGGGGUUGGACAUAUUGGACCCGGAACAGAAAUGGCGGACCGCGUACAUCGCGAUCGUGGCCUCCUUGGGGGCCAGCGCCGCAGUUUUGGAAGCCAUCACUUGGUACAUCGUCAUCAAGAGAAAAAAGGCAGCAUCCUCAGCUCCGAAGAUCUCUCACAGCACGAAUGGAGACGACGGUUACAGAAAUGGCAGAGUAUAGUACGAGGUUUUACUCAUAGAUUAUGAUUUAAUUUUGGAUUUUCUUGAUUUUUUUUUUUGUUCAGCUCCUUGUUGAGGGUCUGUUGUAUGACCCAUAUGAUAGAGAGAGCCUUUUAUUUUUAUUUUUUAUUAUUUUUUUCUUGUUAGGCUUAUACAUAAAUUGGAGGUGGGUGUCCUUUUAUUCAUGCA